AUUUCUCUUCCAUCACAGAGUUCCGUAGAAGUGUUUGAAAUGGCUCGACUCAUUAGGAACAAACAAGGAACCCCCUGCACUCUCCUGACUCAUUUUCUUAACUCACCGACUUCCCUCCUGAAUCAUCCCUACUACAAUACCUCAAACCGAUACCUCCAAACCCUAGCAUUUGAAGAAAUCCAGGCCAAUCCAAACAAACCCUAUACUCACACAGCUUUCAUCCUCCACGGCCUCCUAGGCUCCGCCCGCAACUGGCGUUCAUUUUCUCGCAGCCUCGCCUCGUCUCUAUCCAGCUCCCCUUCUUCCGAGUGGAGGAUGGUGCUCGUGGAUUUAAGGAACCGUGGGAAGUCAGCAGAGAUAGAAGGGUUCGAUCCGCCGCAUGAUAUGGUAAAUGAAACUAAAGAUUUGGGUAAUUUGAUAAACUCCAAAAACCGGGGUUCGCCUGAUGUUGUCAUUGGUCACUCCAUGGGUGGCAAAGUUGCUUUGCAAUUUGCCCAGAGUUGUGGGAACAUAGAUUAUGGUGAAAAUGUCAAGCUUCCCAAAUAG